UGUUCUGUUUUCAAAUUAAAAGCUUUGAAUGAAUGAAUUUGUACACAGAUGUGAUGUCGAGUAGUUUACUGUUAUACUGUUGAGUAAAUAGGAUUUGUCACUAAUUAGUAGAGGUGGAGACUGAGUAAAAUGUCUGAGCCCCCGGAGCAGGAGGACUUUGAUAAAUGCUUCACCGUGUUUGACGGCUCUUCUCCGGAGGACGUGUCCCACGCACGACAGCUGUGGAGCUCACUGUCUCUCCUGCCGCCCUUGGAAUCCCGGCUGGUGUCCGCAGACAUCCGUCAGAGACUGCCGGUAUCCCGGACGCAGCAUCAUUUCCAAAACAUCAUGUCCAAACACCCCGUCCCACAGCCGCCGAGUGUCCCUGCUCUCCGGCAGAGACGGGAGGAGAGGCAGCGGUAUGUGGCCAUGGCCGACCAGAGGAGGGAGAUCCUGGCUCUGUUGGGGAGGCAGAGGGAGCAGAGGAUUCAGAAGGAGCUGCUCUCUGUGGACUUCAAACCCAAUUUGAAGUUCGGCCGAGAUAAAAUAUUGAAGCUGCAAAAACCACCAGACUCUGAGAUGGACGACGAAGAGCUGGUGAAGCAGCUGCAGUAAAGGACCAUAAUUAAGUUUUUAAAAGGCUUCACACAUGUGGGGGGUUUAGGCCUAUAGAAGAACAAAAAUGU